UUCUUCUUCUUUGCCUCUUCCACUCUUCUUUUCGCUUAAUCUCUCUCUCUCUCGUAGUCAUUGAAAGUCUCAAACACUUCACUGAGUUUUCUCUCUCUCUCUCGCGCACACAAUGUCACGACGUGGCGGCGGUAGACAACCGGACUAUCGUCGUGAUCAACCGUCACCGGCGUCUCAACAAGGCGGUGGUAGAGGCAGAGCUGGUGGCGGACGAGGCGACGGCGGUGGUCGUGGCGGACGAGGCGACGCCGGUGGACGAGGCGCCGGAGGUAGAGGUGCCGUUGGUGGAGGAGGAGGAGGAAGAGGCCGCGGUACUGUUCCCUCUAGUUUCUCUCCGGUGCCUGCUCCGGUUGUUUCACAACCAUCAUCGUUCGCUUCACCUUCAACUUCGGCUCCGCCUCCGCCUCCGCCUCAGCCUCAGCCUCAGCCUCAGCCUCGGCCUCAGCCUCAGCCUCAGCCUCAGCCAUCGUCGUCCACGGUGGCUGACCUGGCCAGAGGUGUCGAAAGGACAGUCACAUUGCAGGAUCGACCUCCACAGCCUUUGUCCUCGAAAGCCGUGGUCGUUCCGAGAAGGCCUGGCUACGGAAGCGUCGGAAAGAGAAUCCAAGUCCGAGCAAAUCAUUUUCUCGUUGAAGUCGCCGAUAGAGAUCUCCACCACUACGAUGUGACUAUAACACCUGAGAUAACAUCAAAGAAAGUGAAUCGGAAUGUAAUGACUCAGCUAGAUACAAUGUACCGAGAGUCACAUUUUGGUAACAGAAGGGCUGCUUAUGAUGGCAGAAAGAGCCUUUAUACUGCAGGAGCAUUGCCGUUUACAUCCAAAGAGUUCAUUGUCAAGUUACAAAAUGAGGACCAUCCUGCAUCUUCAUCUUCCGGUUCUGCGAGAAAAGAACGCCAAUUCAAAGUGGCAAUUAAGUUGGUUGCUAAGCAUGACUUACAGCACCUGAAAGAGUUUUUAAUCAGUAGGCAGUCAGAUGUUCCGCAAGAAACAAUUCAAGCUCUCGAUGUGGUACUCAGAGCAGAACCAUCAUUGAAGUAUACUGUUGUGGGGAGGUCUUUUUUUCAUCCUAGCUUGGGUACUCAAGGAGAAUUGGGUGAUGGUAUUGAGUAUUGGAGAGGCUACUACCAAUCUCUCAGGCCAACACAGAUGGGGCUGUCUCUAAAUAUAGAUGUGUCAGCCAGAGCAUUCUAUGAACCACUUCUUGUGAUUGACUUUCUUGCAAAACAUUUCCGUUUUAAUCUGUCAAGGCUGUCUGAUCAGGACCGUAUUAAGAUUAAAAAGGCUUUGAGAGGAAUAAAGGUUGAGCUUACUCAUACGGAGUAUGCAAAAAGUUACAAAGUCACUGGUGUUUCAACACAACCAGUUAGCCAGUUAAUGUUUACCCUUGAUGACAAGAAAACAAAGACAUCAGUUCUUCAAUAUUUUCGUGAUAAAUAUGGCAUUGUUCUCCAGUAUGCAUCUUUGCCUGCCCUUCAAGCUGGUAGUGAUUCGAAUCCAGUUUACUUACCGAUGGAGGUUUGUAAGAUUGGUGCUGGACAGAGAUACACAAAGAGAUUAAAUGAAAGACAGGUAACUAACCUACUAAGAGCAACAUGUCAACGGCCUAUUGAAAGGGAACGGAGUAUCACAGGGAUGGUAAAGCAUAAUGAUUUUAGUAGUCUUAAGCUUGUACGUGAGGAAUUUGGAAUUGACGUACGACAAGGACUUACAACAGUUGAUGCCCGAGUGCUGCCGCCUCCAAUGCUUACUUAUCAUGCAACUGGGAGAGAAUCAAGGGAAAAUCCUAGGAUGGGGCAAUGGAAUAUGAUAAACAAGAAAAUGGUCAAUGGUGGUAGAGUGUCAUAUUGGACAUGUGUGAAUUUCUCUACUCGAGUGAACAGAGAUUUUCCGUUCCAAUUCUGUGAUGAAUUGGUCAUCAUGUGCAACAGCAAAGGAAUUGAUUUUAGCCGAAACCCUUUGAUACCAAUACAUUCAGCUCAUCCUGGUCAAAUUGAUAGGGCUCUCAUGGAUAUUCACAAGCAGUGUGCAGCCAAACUUAAAGAAAUUGAGCCAGGAAAACAGCUUCAGCUGUUGAUAAUUAUUUUGCCUGAUGUCACUGGGUCAUACGGGAAGAUUAAACGUAUAUGUGAAACGGAGCUAGGAAUUGUUUCUCAGUGCUGUCAGCCCAAGCAAGCAUCAAAGCUUAGUAAGCAGUACCUUGAAAAUUUGGCUCUCAAGAUCAAUGUGAAGGCCGGGGGACGUAACAAUGUGUUAACUGAUGCUAUUCAAAAAAGAAUGCCUCUUGUAUCUGAUCGCCCUACAAUUAUAUUUGGUGCGGAUGUGACACAUCCACAACCAGGAGAGGACUCUAGCCCUUCGAUAGCUGCGGUAGUGGCUUCUAUGGAUUGGCCGGAGGUAACCAAAUACAGAGGACUCGUCUCUGCACAGGAGCACCGUGAAGAAAUUAUCCAGGAUCUCUAUAAAUCAGUGCAGGAUCCUCAAAGGGGUUUAGUUCAUGGAGGCUUGAUCAGAGAACAACUUAUUGCCUUCAGAAGAGCAACCGGGCAAAAACCCCAUAGGAUUAUUUUCUACAGAGAUGGUGUUAGUGAAGGUCAAUUUAGUCAAGUUCUGCUUUAUGAGAUGGAUGCAAUAAGAAAGGCCUGCCUCUCACUAGAGGAAAAUUAUCUGCCGAAAGUUACUUUUGUUGUUGUUCAGAAAAGACAUCAUACACGCCUUUUUCCUACAGAUAAUCAGACAGACAGGAGUGGCAAUAUUCAACCAGGUACUGUUGUCGAUACGAAGAUUUGCCAUCCAACUGAGUUUGACUUCUACCUUAACAGCCAUGCUGGUAUACAGGGGACUAGCCGCCCUACGCACUAUCAUGUGUUGUACGAUGAGAACAAUUUUACUGCAGAUCUGUUACAAGGGCUAACCAAUAAUUUGUGUUACACGUAUGCAAGGUGCACUCGAUCAGUUUCCAUAGUUCCUCCUGCAUAUUAUGCCCAUUUAGCAGCUUUUCGAGCACGCUAUUACAUUGAGGGUGAAACAUCAGAUGGUGGCUCUACUGGCGGUGAGAACAGAAGAGAGUUCCGGCCCCUUCCUCUGAUCAAGGAUAAUGUGAAGGAAGUCAUGUUUUAUUGCUGAGAUAGGUCUUUUGUGGGGUUUCUUUUGGAUGAUAGUGCUCAUUGGUCCCUCUUUUGUUUCUCUACUGAGAUUAGUUAGGCCUUUUGUGGGGUUAAUUUUGGAUGAUGCUCAUAGUUCCCCCUUAUAUGUUUCUAUCUUUUGUUAAUAUGCUCUUGCGAUUGGUGCUUUGGUAUAGUUUCCAUUUCCCAGAGGCUUUAGGCUUUAAUUUUCUUUUGGGCAUAUUUAUGUCUGUGAAACUGCUUCUUUGCCACGAGCCGUUGAGCUGUGGUGAGAAUGGUGUAUAAUUUCCAUAGCAAAAAGAAAAAGUUCAAUACUCAGUAUAUUGAUGUUGGUGUUACAGUUGGCUUUUA